CCGGAGGCGUGAAGGUGACAGCGGGAGGUGACCCUGCUAUCCGCCGCGAUGCUGGCGGCGCGACGGCUGCUCGGCGGGUCGCGCCCCGCGCGAGUGUGCGUGCGUUUCAGCGGCGACACGACAGCGCCCAAGAAAACCUCGUUCGGCUCCUUGAAGGAUGAAGACCGGAUUUUCACCAACCUGUAUGGCCGCCAUGACUGGAGGCUGAAGGGAGCCCAGAGCCGCGGCGACUGGUACAAGACCAAAGAGAUCCUGCUGAAGGGGCCUGACUGGAUCCUUGGCGAGGUCAAGACGUCGGGCUUGCGGGGCCGUGGUGGCGCCGGCUUCCCCACUGGCCUCAAGUGGAGCUUCAUGAACAAGCCCUCCGAUGGCAGGCCCAAGUACCUGGUGGUGAAUGCGGAUGAGGGGGAACCGGGCACCUGCAAGGACCGAGAGAUCAUGCGCCAUGACCCCCACAAGCUGGUGGAAGGCUGCCUGGUGGGAGGCCGGGCCAUGGGCGCCCGAGCGGCCUACAUCUACAUUCGAGGCGAAUUCUACAACGAGGCCUCCAAUCUGCAGGUGGCCAUCCGAGAGGCCUACGAGGCAGGUCUGAUUGGCAAGAACGCCUGUGGCACCGGCUACGACUUUGACGUGUUUGUGGUGCGUGGAGCCGGAGCGUACAUCUGCGGGGAGGAGACCGCACUCAUCGAGUCGAUUGAGGGCAAGCAGGGCAAGCCCCGGCUGAAGCCACCCUUCCCCGCCGACGUGGGGGUGUUCGGCUGCCCCACCACCGUGGCCAACGUGGAGACGGUGGCUGUGUCCCCCACCAUCUGCCGCCGUGGCGGGGCCUGGUUUGCCAGCUUCGGCCGUGAGCGCAACUCGGGCACCAAACUCUUCAAUAUCUCUGGACACGUCAACCACCCGUGCACCGUGGAGGAGGAGAUGUCUGUGCCGCUGAAGGAGCUGAUCGAGAAGCAUGCUGGGGGUGUCACAGGAGGCUGGGACAACCUUCUGGCUGUGAUCCCUGGCGGCUCGUCUACCCCCUUGAUCCCGAAGUCCGUGUGUGAGACGGUGCUCAUGGACUUCGACGGGCUGGUGCAGGCUCAGACGGGUCUGGGCACGGCGGCCGUCAUCGUCAUGGACCGCUCGACGGACAUUGUGAAGGCCAUCGCCCGCCUCAUCGAGUUCUACAAGCACGAGAGCUGUGGCCAGUGCACCCCGUGCCGUGAGGGUGUGGACUGGAUGAACAAGGUGAUGGCCCGCUUCGUCAAGGGUGAUGCCCGGCCGGCCGAGAUCGACUCCCUCUGGGAGAUCAGCAAGCAGAUCGAGGGCCACACCAUUUGUGCCCUGGGUGACGGAGCCGCCUGGCCCGUGCAGGGCCUGAUCCGACACUUCCGGCCUGAGCUCGAAGCGCGGAUGCAGCAGUUUGCCCAGCAGCACCAGGCCCGGCAAGCCGCCCUCUGAGCCUGUCAGUCCAUCUGUCUGUCCUCUGGGUGCUGACAAUAAAGCAAGUGCUGCUGCUC